AUGGUCGAGGACAUCUUCCAGUUCCUAUGGGCCGGAGGACUGAAUCCAUAUGAUCUGUACAGAGACUGUGACCCGAAUCCAGCGAUCAACGGCGAGAGAAUGAGCCACAUGCUCAGGGGAGUUGCUGCUGGCUACAAAUCCGUUGAGAUGUCCAAGAAGAAGACCCCUGAUCUCAUGAGCUUCUUGAGGGCCAACCAACCCCUCUACGGAGAUGCUCCAUGUCUGAAUGAUACAGAUGUGAUUGUAUACAUGAAUGAUGCUAAAGUUCGACAAGCGCUCAACAUUCCUUCCAACCUACCCAAAUGGGACAUCUGCAGGUGA